UAAUUUCUAUAUAAACCUCCCUUCAUUAUAAACAAAUCCACACGUAAAAGCCAACCAUGAGAUGCUUGACCAAUUUCCAAAUCUCCUCAAUCCUCUUCUUCAGCAUCUUUUUCAUUUCCACCCAAGCAGCUCUUUUUGAAAUCCGCAAUGAGUGCUCCUACACUGUCUGGGCUGCAGCCUCUCCUGGAGGUGGGCGCCGCCUAGACCCAUGGCAAAGUUGGACCAUCAAUGUGCCUGCUGGCACAGCCAUGGCUCGUAUCUGGGGUCGAACCAACUGCAACUUUGAUGGCAGUGGUAGGGGUCAUUGCCAAACUGGUGACUGUGGUGGACUCCUACAGUGCCAAGGCUGGGGUGCUCCUCCAAACACCCUGGCCGAAUAUGCCCUUAACCAAUUUGGUAGCAUGGAUUUCUAUGACAUCUCCCUAGUUGAUGGGUUUAAUAUCCCCAUGGUGUUUGGUCCAACUAAUGGUGGUUGUCACAACAUCCGAUGCACUGCAGACAUUAACGGGCAGUGCCCUAAUGAAUUAAGGGCUCCCGGUGGGUGCAAUAACCCAUGCACAGUGUUUAAGACUAAUGAAUUUUGUUGCACUCAAGGGUACGGAACCUGUGGGCCGACCAAUUUCUCAAGGUUUUUCAAAAGCAGGUGCCCUGAUUCGUACAGUUACCCUCAGGAUGAUCCUUCAAGCACCUUUACUUGCCCUGGUGGUGCCAAUUACAGGGUUGUAUUUUGCCCCAGAGGCUCUCCUCAUCUGGAGAUGGUUGGAAGCAAGAGCCAAGAGUAAUGGUCUCUCCCUUCUUGGAGUUAAUUGCAAUGCCUCGGCGCUUGGAAAUAAAAAAAUAAAGUUUUUAGAUAAUGAAUAUGUUGUCGUGUUUGUAUUUCUUUUGUUUCCCGAUUGUGUUUUAUUUGAUGCAACGGCGAAAAGAAAUAAAGAUAUCCUUGUUUGAUUCA